UUGGAGACCACAGAAAAGCCGGCCGAGUCUCACAAGAUGGGCGGCUUCAAGAAGAAAGGAACUGCCACCAAGAAGGGCCCCAAGCGACCCAAGGGCGGCGGCGCCUCGAAGCCCACCAAAUCCAAGAAGCCACCGUCCGCCAGCAACGAGGCCAUGGACGACCCCCCGGCCGAGGGCUCCGACGAGGAGAUCGAGUCGGACAACGGACCCUACUGCAUCUGCCGGGGACCCGACGACCACAGGUUCAUGAUAUCGUGUGACAUGUGCGAGGACUGGUUCCACGGCGAGUGCAUCAACAUCUCAAAGGACGUCGGCGAGAACCUCAUCGAGCGUUUCGUCUGCCCCAACUGCACCGACGGCGACAAGAACGUCAGCCUCUUCAAGAAGCUCUGCGGCCGCGGCGGCUGCAAGAGGCCCGCGCGCCUCUACGACGGCGAGCCCAAGAGCGCCUUCUGCUCCGACGAGCACAAGCAGGCCUGGUGGGAGGCCCAGAUCAUGAAACUGCCCAAGAAGUCCUCGAAGGACGCCGGCGGUCUCACUCGCGAGGAUCUUGUUGGUCUUCUCAACAGCCCGCUCGCUUCUAUCGACGCCGAGGGGAACUUCAAGGUCAACACUCGUCCUUUCGCUGCGCCUGCCGCUGGAGCUGAAAAUUCAGAGGCUAGGGGUAAAGCUCUACCCCCGGGCAUUCUCACCGACGAGGAGGAAGGCAUCCUCAAGGAGUCGGCUGCCGAUCGUAAGACGAUGGGCGAAAAGACCGCGCUCUACAACAAGAUGAUCCAGCUGCUCGACAUGGCCAGCGAACGCCGAAAGACCUUGAUCGCGUCCAAGCAAUUCGAGGAUUCCACCUGCGGCUAUGAUUAUCGCCUCGACCAGGUCGGCGUCAUAGGCCCCUUCAACCACUGGGUGGCUUCGGACGAGGCGAAGGAGAUCUUCAAGGCCGGGAGCCUCGACGUCGGCAGCCGCCUGACCGGCGAGGACAAGAAUAUCUGCGACAAGAAGCGGUGUAAGGUACAUCAGGGCUGGUAUUCCAUGCACACUAGAGACGUCAAGUACGAGCAGAAGCUGCUGGCGGGAGACGCGAAGAAGCUGCUCGACAACGAGCAGUCCAUCAAGACGGCGGCGGUGGAGCGCAAGCUGCGCAAGGAGGCGGAGCACAACACUGUUCAGCGCGUCAAUCCUGAUGGCACCCUAGGUCCAGCCGAGGUUUUGUGA